AGCCGCCCCCUGGCGGCCGGAGGGAGAACGGCGCGCGCGCCCGUUCUCGGAGGGGUGACGUCACCAGGCGCGCGGCUCGCGACAGGCUCCGCAUGCGCAGUGGCCCCGGCGGCACGUGGUGGUUCCCCAGAGCGGGUGCGACCCCUCCAGGCACUGAAGUUUUCGGAUCAGGUUGAGCACAAAUCGAGGCCCGCACACCACAGGCCAGCAGGAAGACCAAGAAGAAGGAAGGGGGGGCCCUGCGGGCCCAGAGGGCAUCAUCCAAUGUCUUCUCCAACUUUGAGCAGACCCAGAUCCAGGAGUUCAAGGAGGCGUUCACACUAAUGGACCAGAACCGAGACAGCUUCAUUGACAAGGAGGACCUGAAGGACACCUACGCCUCCCUGGAUAUGUGCCCCAGGGACAGAACUCCACCACAGCACCCCGACUCCCCCGCCCUCCGGCUCCCAGGAGUGUCCUCGCUCUGGUCCUCGGCCGUCAAGCCUGACCUGACUUCCCGUGGGCUCGGAGGAGGAGGCAAAACCAACGUCAAGGACGAGGAGCUGGACGCCAUGCUCAAGGAGGCCUCGGGGCCCAUCAACUUCACCAUGUUCCUGAACAUGUUCGGGGAGAAGCUGAGCGGCACGGAUGCCGAGGAGACCAUCCUCAACGCGUUCAAGAUGCUCGACUCCGACGGCAAAGGCAGCAUCAACAAGGACUACAUCAGGCGGCUGCUCAUGUCCCAGGCCGACAGGAUGACUGCUGAGGAGGUUGACCAGAUGUUCCAGUUCUCCACCAUCGACACUGCAGGCAACCUGGAUUACAAAGCACUGAGCUACGUGCUCACCCACGGGGAGGAGAAGGAGUGAGGGGCACCCCUACCCCACUGGGCCGUGGCCAGUUCAAUAAAC